GAAUGUGCUGGAUGUAUAGUAUACGUACAUCACUUCUUCAUGAAUACCUUGCACCCUGAGGUAGUGGGGUCGUCCCCGAUGAGUUCCAUACGGAGGAAGAGACACUACAGCAUCAUGGGAGAGAAACGUGGGAGAGUGGAUGUCAAGAUUGGAAACUUCUUUAAUGCCAUUGAGACUCGGUCACUGGAACAUCUGCAAGAAUAUGUGCAUAAGGGGCCGGAGUGCAUUAAUGGCCAUGGGGGACCUUUCUUCAUCACGCCUCUCCACUUCGCCGCGGAGGUGGGCUGGCUGGAGGGCGUUAGAGAACUCUUGACGCGAGGAGCGUCUGUCUGCGUCAGAAACCAGUACGGCCAGACGCCUCUCCACUAUGCCGCCAUAGCCAAGCACGAAUCCAUCACCGCCCUGAUGCUGAUCAACACCACCAGCACCAAAGCCCUCAAUCUUAGUGACAUGAGGGGAAUGUCACCCCUGCACGAUGCAGCGGCCAGUGGCUGUCUGCCUGUGGUGAAGAUUCUGCUCGAGCACGGCGCCAUAGUCACGACUCUGGACAACCAAGGGCAGUCACCGCUACACAAAGCUGCCAAAGCGGGUGCUUUCAAUGUGAUGGUGGCCCUCAUGGAGGCGGGGGCCGACCUGCAAGAGAAAGAUCUGCGGGGCAUGUGUGCGAUGCGCUGGCUCAUCUUCUCCACUGACAAUGGUUUGCAGCGUCUGCUGGACCACCUGCUCGUCACCAAUGACGGCAGCAGUCGUCACUCUCCAAUCACCUUUAACUUCCUGCCACUAGUGAGCAACUCAGGGGCACAACAGUGCCGGCUUCUUUCGUACUUUAUCAAGACAGGCAACCGAGACAUUCUGAGCCACCCUGUGUGUCAUGUACUUAUUCUUAUCAAGUGGAAAAGAAUGAAACUCAUCUUCCUUGGAUACCUAUUGUACUUUGUGGUUUAUGCAAUACUGACAAGUUUAUUCAUAUUCAGGCACGAAUUGAUUAAAAUAAAUGAAGAAGAGCGAACCACUAACGCCACGCUUGGUGCUGAUGAGGGCCCCCACACCGAGCCUGACUUGGCGGCAAUGCAAGGGUUACACUGGCUGUUGAGUGUCAUGACGCUGCUGCUCCUUAUGACUCAGUUUAACAGACUCAGGAUUCACGGGUGGCGAGCAUGUGUCUGUAAUCCCAACUUCUGGCUCCAACUGUCGUCGGUGGUGUGUGUGGCGAGCCUCCUUGUCCUGUACUGGUGCCGAGGACUGCACGAAAGAGAAUACGUGGAAAACAACAUUGGUUCUUUAGAGCUACUGUUUCUGCAACUACAGUUCCUCUUUAUCCUCAGGAAAUAUCCUUCAUACGGGCUGUACGUUGCUAUGUUCAUCAAAGUGGCCAAAGAAUUUUUGAAGUUGUUUCUGGUGUACAGCACACUCUUGCUUAGCUUUACUUCCAUCAUGUUCCUCACCUUCACCUUCAACGCUGAAAACCGGAAGGACCCCGUGUACGGCAGUUGGCCCGUGCUGUUCCUGAAGAGCGUCACCAUGAUGGUGGGGUCUGUGGAGGUCACCGACUCACUAGCGGAGCAGCUCGACUCCAUUCCCAUCACUGGCUACGCCCUCAUCUUUUUCUCCGUGGUCUUCAUCUCCAUUGUGCUGGCGAACUUACUCGUCGCCCUCGCCGUCAGUGACAUCCGUGAACUACGGAACUCGGCACACCUAACGCGCUUCGCCAGCAUGGUGGAGGCCCUUCUGAACAUGGAGCAGUCGUGUGACUUCCCCUUGCUGCGGCGGAUGGCGAAUUACUGCAGACUGGACACCGUAGCAAUGCACGUUCGCAUGUGGCCUAAGCACGACUUCCGUCACCCCUGCAUCACGGUGGAGGUGCGCAAACAGCACCAACACCACGCCCAGCAACGAUGUGGUUGGUGUGCGUGGCUGGUGAAGCGCUUCCACCCUCGCCGCUACCAGGUGAGCAUCCCCGUCAUUCUGCACGAUGAGGUGCUGGCGAGGAUCACCGCUAGAGAAACCAUUGCUCUCGAUCCCGACAAGCUGGAUGUACCUCAUGAUUAUAAAGUGUUUUUUAAUGAAAUUCUCAGAAGACUUAAGCUCCUCGAGGUGUCUCACAUUUAUUGAUUCCUGAAGGUACAGAUCAUUACCUCACCAAGGCACCACCGCACACCUUGAAUAGUGGCAGCACUUCAUGAAAGAGAUUCAGAUCAACUCAUUAGCAAUUAACCCGAGGUUGAUCCAGAGAUAUUUCUAGCCAUUGAA